CGGAGUCCCAGAACUCGGACGCUGCGUGGGACUGGCACUUCCCCGCAGCGGCUGCGCAGCCUCUUACCGUCCCGUCGCGCCGAGAAGCCGCAAGCCUGAAGAGGAUCCAGGAAGGGUGUUAUGGAAGAGAUUCCUUUGUCAGAAAUAAUGGAAAGCAGAGAAGACAUUACAAGUGAAGAACCUUGGACAAUGAAACCUAGGAGAAAUCUAGAAGAAGCGGAUUUGAAUAAGGACUCAGCCAAGACCAGUAUGCUGGAAAGACCUGUGCCUUUGCACACGGACCAAACAACCUAUUUUGAUGAAUUUGAUUGCCCUGCGGAGCUUCAACACAAACAGGAACUCUUUCCAAAGUGGUGCUUGCCACUUAAAAUUGCUGCUAUUGUAUCAUCCCUGACCUUUCUGUACACUCUCCUAAGGGAAAUAAUUUACCCUCUUGUAACUUCCCAAAAACACUAUUUUUAUAGAAUUCCAGUCCUGGUCAUCAACAAAGUCUUGCCAAUGGCUUCCAUCACUCUCUUGGCACUGGUUUAUCUGCCAGGUGUGAUAGCAGCAGUUGUUCAGCUUCGUAAUGGAACCAAAUAUAAGAAAUUUCCACAUUGGUUGGAUAGAUGGAUGUUAACAAGAAAAGAAUUGGGGCUUCUCAGCUUCUUUUUUGCUGUACUGCAUACAAUCUAUAGUUUGUCCUACCCAAUGAGGCGAUCCUACAGAUACAUGUUGCUAAACAUGGCAUAUAAACAGGUCCAAAAACAUGAAGAAGAUGCCUGGAUUGAACACGAUGUUUGGAGAAUGGAAAUUUAUCUGUCUCUGGGAAUUGUGACACUCGCAAUACUAGCUCUGUUAGCUGUGACAUCUAUUCCAUCUGUGAGUGACACUCUGACGUGGAGAGAAUUUGACUAUAUCCAGAGCAAGCUAGGAAUGGUUUGCCUUCUGCUAGGCACAAUGCAUGCAUUGGUUUUCGCCUGGAAUAAAUGGGUAGAUAAAAAACAAUUUGUAUGGUAUACACCUCCAACUUUUAUGAUUGCCGUUUUCCUUCCAAUUGUUGUCCUGAUAUGUAAAGCCAUAUUAUUCCUGCCAUGCUUGAGGAGGAAGAUAUUAAAGAUUAGACGUGGUUGGGAAGACGUCACCAAAAUUAAUAAAACCAAGAUGUCUUCCCCGUUGUAGAACUACUGUUCACCAACAUUUUUGUUCAAUGCUGAUAUAUUUUACCAUAAACAUUUCAAAUUUGUAUUUGUUUAAUAAAAUGACCGCUUGAGGGUCUUCAUGUAUCUCUUUGAAA